AUGGACGCCGAGAGCCUUCUGCUGUCGCUGGAGCUGGCGUCUGGCAGUGGGCAGGGCCUCAGCCCAGACCGUCGGGCCUCGCUGCUCACGUCCCUGAUGCUGGUUAAGCGCGACUACCGCUAUGAUCGCGUGCUUUUCUGGGGCCGCAUCCUCGGCCUAGUGGCCGAUUACUACAUCGCGCAGGGCCUGAGCGAGGACCAGCUCGCACCGCGCAAGACUCUCUACAGCCUGAACUGCAUGGAGUGGAGCCUCUUGCCCCCGGCCACAGAGGAGAUGAUGGUGCAGACGUCUGUGGUGAAUGGUCGCUUCAUGGGGGACCCUUCGCAUGAAUACGAACAUACCGAGAUGCAGAAGAUGACUGAGGGCGACAGAGUCUUUGAAGAAGAAAUAGUGGUUCAGAUAAAGGAAGAGACCCGUUUGGUGUCCGUCAUCGACCAGAUUGACAAGGCUGUGGCCAUUAUCCCCCGAGGUGCCCUCUUCAAGACCCCUUUUGGACCUAUCCAUGUCAAUCGGACCUUUGAUGGAUUGUCCUUGUCUGAGGCCAAGAAGCUCAGUUCCUACUUCCACUUCAAGGAAGCCGUGGAGCUGAAGGAUAAGACCUUGCUGGAGAAGGCUGACUUGGACCCCUCCCUGGACUUCAUGGACUCCUUGGAGCAUGACAUCCCCAAAGGGUCCUGGAGCAUCCAGAUGGAGAGAGGCCACGCCUUGGUGGUGCUGCGCAGCCUGCUCUGGCCAGGCCUCACCUUCUUCCAUGCCCCCUGCACCAAGAACUAUGGCUACAUCUACGUGGGCACUGGUGAGAAGAACAUAGACUUGCCCUUCAUGCUGUAGGAUGGCACCAGUCUGGGUGUUUUUUAUGUAAACAGCCUAAACAUUAUUUCCAUAAGUUUCAGUGAACUUGGGCUGUUUGGUCUAUCUUGCCUCCCUUCAUCCUCACUCAGUCUGGCGCCCAGGCUUUGAGAGGCCCCUGCACCAGGUGACCCAGCUUUAAAGCAGAUGUGUGGAUGUGCUAAUUAGGGAUUCUAGAUAAUGAUGGGUGGAAAUGGCUGCAAAAGGUGACAACCAGAAGGUCCAUCUUCUUGGACUCAGAUGAGAGAGUUGCACAUGGGCCAGUCACCCCAAUUCAUUUCUUCCUUGCAACUGCCCAGGCAGGAGAGGAAUCAGCUCUCUAUAGAGGAUGGGAACCUGUUGGAUCCAUGUACUCCCUCCAAUUGCACUCCUAUGACUUAUCACGAAAGACGAGCAACUCAAUGCUCAGCAGCUGGCUGGAAAUGGGCCCAGGCGCCCCCUAUUUCCCAAACAGCGAGCACACACCCAGUGGGUAAACACAUGAACUCAGUUUAUGACAUUCUUUGGGCAAAACUCCUGUCCCCCUGCACUGAGCACAGCCUAAGUCAGUCACGACACCACAAGCAACUGCCGAGGGGCAUGAUGGCCCAGUCCAUCCUGUGCUCCCAGCACUGCAGUUGAGCAGGCUGAGGGCACUGACGUUAGUCUGUCUCCUUGCCAUUCACCCCAGCAGGAUGGGGUGGGAGUACAGUUGUGGCUGAGCGCUCACGAGCUGACCUCCUACCCCACAGCAGAGCUGAUGGGGAGUUCUGGUCAGGUUCUCAGGAAGCCUUGCUCUCAGUCAAUGAUAUAGCACCAAAGGUGCCCUUGAGUAGGAGACAUUGUCCUUCAGCAGGGGUGACCCCACAGCCAUGCGCACUUUGUUCCAGCGGGUGCCUUUUUUGUAGAUGGGCUUGACGGAGCGGGGAGACCAGCGGGUCAGGUACCUGUGGAGGGAGGACAAGGAGGGGGCUGUGAGCCCAGACUGGAGGUGAGAGAGUGGAGCACGGCCUCUUCAGGCCAAAGCUGUGGCUGGCCAAGCAAACCCUUUCACCAGUUUCCUUUCUUUAAGGGCAGGGGCUCUUCUUGGGAGUAACCACUGAGUGUGCUGUAAACAGAUGGGCUGGGUUCUUAUUGCCGCAAGCGUGUGUGGCCAGAGUCAGGGCCAGCGGGCAGCACAGGGCCAUGCGCUCCUUCACUCUUCAUGAGUUGUCAAUGUUUGUGUGUGUUUGCUAGGGGAGAAGGCGGGAGGGAGAGGCUGCUCAGAGUGCAGAUCAUUCCUUUCUGGCCUUAGCCAUGGGGAGAGGAGAGGCUGAUAUAAGAGCCUGGAGGAACCCUUCCCUCUUCCCCACUUGGCUCACUCUGCCACCCCAGGAUUCAGGGAGCUCCCUGGGGCAGCCAUCACCUGUGGCGGGCUCAUGGGUGCAGACCUAGCCCAGGAAGGUUCCUUUAAAUAGGAGGGGUGUGGGGAAAGAUGGCUGCUGCCCAUGGUCCUUUGGCCUCCUUUGGGGGGUGGCCAGGGCCCUGAGAGUUCCCAGAAAAGUGGCUCAUGCCAGCUGGGGUUGGGGUUUACUCUGUCCAGAAUGAAACCUGGAUCCUGUCCAGAGAGGCCCAUCCUUCAUUAUGAAAGCUCAGCCAUGACCAGGGCCAGUAAUCCUCCCCUGCCUCCUCUCUAGUUUGGGGCUCACCCAGCUGCCUCUAGAGACCCUCAAAUGAGAAGAUUUUUAAUUAAAAAAAAAAAAAAAAUAGUAAUAACCUUGCCUGAAAGUUUUUAGAUUAAAAAAAGUGAAAAUAUGAUUGUUGGUU